ACCUCAGUUGUCAAAUGAACAGUGAGAAGGUUGGAUGUGCGUUCUGUUUUGAAAUAUCGCGUAAAUAAUAUUAUUAACGAAUAAAUUAAUCAAAUAAAAAAUGCCAGUUGAAUUAGAGUAUGACUAUGAUGCCGCAGUUGCUUCUCUGGAUAUAUUUUCACAAGCGGAUUUCGAUCAUAUAAAAGAUUGGACACAAAAAUUAGACAAAUCAAAAUAUGUGCCAAAGGAUCUUACAGAUAAACAAUUGCUUUUAUUUUAUAACGCUUGUUACGGGGAUGUUGAGAAGAUAAAGACUUGCAUAGAAAAAUACUACAAUAUCAGAAAAAACACUCCGGAAAUAUUUGACAACAGAAUUAUAAAUUCCGACGAACUAAAGCCGUCUGUAGAGGCAUUAGAGUUCGCCGUGCUGCCAGAGAAGUCAUGUGAAGGUUACGACCUGAUAUACCACCGCUUGCACUACACCGAGCCUUCCAAGUAUCACUUUGAACCUGGCUGCAAGCUUCUCUUCAUGACAGUUGAUUCGUGUUUAAGUAAGCGUGGUCCGCAGCCAGGACACAUCUUCGUCUUCGACAUGCGAGGUGUCAGGUUGGGACAUCUGACACGUGUUAGCUUAUCCUUUCAAAAGGAUAGACAAAGUUCCCUUCGGAAAUUCUUCCAGUACGUCCAAGAGGCGAUGCCGGUGCGCAUGCGCGCGAUACACGUGUUUAACACCGAACCGAUCAUUGACAAGCUCUUGCUUCUCAUAAGACCUUUCAUGGAUAAGAAGUUCUUUGACAUGAUAAAAUUCCACCACAAAAACGUGGACCUUGAGAAGUUUUACGGUACAGUUAUACCGAGAUCCGCCCUACCACCGGACUACGGAGGUACCUUACCAGACACUCAGACAUUGCACAAGAAAUGUAUGCAAAAUUUGAAAUCCCUAGAACCGUACUUCAAAGCUGAAGAGGAACAGCGAAUAAACGCUCUCCCUGAUAAAAAACGAGACAAGGCAAUGGAGAGAGCGUUUAAAAAUUUGGACAUAGAUUAGUUUUUGUUGCUGGCAACACUUUAGAUAUCUGUCAAUGUCGUACUUUAGUCAUGUCUCGAUGUUGCAGCUUAAAUCAUAAUGCGUCAUUAACAUAAUAUACGUGAAAUGGAUAAAGAAUAUUGUGUACCUACUGUCUUUAGCGUGUGUUUUCUAGGUGUCGCUAGUAUCCUUUACGAAAAUGUAUGAUUAAUACAUUUAAAUAAUAUUAGACAUAAAUAAAAGCGAAAUGGUUAACUUUGACAUGAAUGGCUAACCUGAUGACUACGCCGAUGACGUUGUUUAAGGAUUCUUUAUAUUCGUCUCCUAAUUAAUAUUUAAAAAUAAAAACGACUAUGAAGAAACUCAUUAUCGAGAAGAAUAUUUUGUCGAUUGCUUUAAAAUAGAUCUAGAAUAUUUAUUUACGUACUUUGAUUGAGUACAUUUUUUUUUUUUUAUUUGUUAUCAUGACAGUUUGAUAUAUUUUUAAAUUGUGGUUUGUGUUCUAGACUUAAGCGGUUUAGUUAACUUUAUAUAAUAGGUAUGUGUUGAUAUAAUACAACAUAUAUAAUAUAUGGUAUAAGAAAUUAUGGAGGAUAUGAAUAAAACCAUUUAAAAUAAAUAUAUAAUCUAAAUAGCAAUGGUUUCUUCACUGGUGUCAGAGACACCAAACAGGAGCACUUAUUUGAAUGCAAUUACAAUUAUCCGAUUUUAAUAAUGUAUAAGUUUAAUUACUUAUAUUAACUUAGUAAAUUAAUGGUUUGACUGCUCGAAGUAAUUACUAGCAAACAUGUUAUAGAUCUGUCAUUUUAUUCUGAAGUUUUGAUUGAUUAAGAAACCACAGAUUUGCAUAUUUAAUAAAAUUUGCUAAAUAUAGCUCUAUUAUAUUAUGUACUAUAAAAAGUCUUUGAUUAAUGUGUCUUUAUUGCUAAUUAUAUAACAGUAUUCAAUUUAACUACUCAUCCACUACAAUUGUACUUUUAAAGUGAAUAUUGUGUCAAUUCCAUGUUAAAGUUUUUUAUUUGUAUUUCUCUUGUGGUUAGAAUAGACUAUAUAAUGUACAUAUAUGUAUUUCAUGAUUAAAAACUAUAAAAAUUGUUUAUUUCAAAAACAGAACAACUUACUCGUAGCACUAGCUUAAAUCAUUGAUAAAAAAUAUUUAUUAGUCUGUGACAGCAUUUUUUUAUCAGUAGAUAAAUUGAUACAUAAUUGAAAGUUUAACGUAUUUUAAGCUGUACAUGUUAGUAGAAAUGCCUUAUUGAAUCUAAAAUCGAAUGUCAAUUGCUUUAGUGGUGUUGCUCUAUAUAAAAAUUAAAUAAUUAUUACAACAAAAUGAUGAUUGGUAAAUACAAGUUCAAGUUUUUGAUAAAAUUUUCAUACUAGGAAUUGAAAUUAAGUCUUUAGUGUAAUAUUAAAUAUACAAUACGCAUAUCUUUCACUUUGAAAUUAUUAUAUGCCGCUUUAUAUUUUGGUUUGACUACUGAAUUAAACAUUAGUGUAGGAAUUUUUAUUGCUAAUGUAUACAACUAUAAAAUUCAUAUAUUGUACUUAAUUUGAGUUUUUUUAAAUUAUAAAAUACUAGUAAUGAAUUUUGGAAUAAAAAGGCUGGGUUUAGAUCUGAAUACCGUAAUAAAUGCUGAUAUACAGAAUUAUUUACAUUAUAAAUAGUGAUUUUAAGUAAUUAUAUUUGAAUGGUAGCUUAGUAAAACGUAUGUGUGGGUUAAAUGUCUGUAUUGUAUAAUUUCCUUACCACAAUCAAGAUGUAUUGAUGUUGAUGUAUAUAUAUACAUAUAUGUAUAUGUGUAAAGAAAAACUCCUUUGUCAAUGUAGUGUGAUUUUGAUCAGAUAGUAACAAAAUAUAAAAUAAUAAAAAUAAAUAAAAGUCCAAUGUUGUAUCAAAUGCUAAGCGCCAUAAGUUACCAGACAGUUAUUUAAAUUUGUCAAAGUUGUAUAAGAAAUACUUGGAUGGUCAUAGUGUCGAUAAAUAGAAAAAGGAGGAAAAUAUUUUUAAGAAAAAAAAAAUAUCGUUAAUAUUUGUACUUAAAUAAAUACAUCAUGAGUCGCUUGAACGUAAUAAAAAUCUAUCGUAUUUUUUAUUAAUAGACAAUCCAAUGUGCUUUGUUUUUUUAUUUUGGUGCUAAAUUGUAUACCGAAGGUGGUGGUACCUUAUACUUAAUUAUAUUUAAUUUUAAAUUUGAUUUUCGUGAUCAUUAUGAUAUUUUUAUUGGUUCUGGGAACCAUGGCUUAAUGUAUUAGUUAUUAGAAAGCAAGAAUAAAUUUCUAUUUGCUGUUA